CCUUGUCACUUCGACGGGCGACGGUCGUUUGCUCGCUUGUUUUUCAGUCUUGCGAAGCGAUUACUAGAAGCGGAACGAGCAGUAGUCCAGUGAAUAAUCUAUUUUUAUAAUCGUCCGGACGGUCAGCAGAUUCCUAAAACUGUGUUUUAGUUUUCCAGUUUUCCCAUAGCUUCCACGGUCAUUGGUUUUAUAUGAAACCCAAAAAUCGAUCUAGUUUUUGAGUUGUGCGUCGCGAAGGAACAAGGAGUGAAUCAUCUUUAUAUUCCGCGGGGCAGUGUUUGGAUCCAGGGUCGUCGAACGUAAAAUAAGCAAAUCAAAUUUUCAACAGCUCGCAAGUAUUUGCAGUUUUUCUCUAUAGUAUUUCGAUAAAGGGUUCAAAAUGCUGACGAUUGAUAGGAUCAAGGAAAAGUAUCCGAUCCAUUGGUUUGUGUGGAACAACGACUUUAGUGAGCUGCAGCAGGCGAUCGAUAAGACUGAGCAUGACCUGGAACAGUUGGAUCCCCGGGGACGUACGCCGCUUAUGCUGGCGGUUAAGCUGUGUCAUCAGGAGUGCGUUAAGGCUCUGCUGACGGCCAAAUGUAAUGCCAAUUUCGAGUGCGAUGGAUGGUCCGUUGUCCAAGAAGCGGUCUGUUCCGGCGAUGCCAACAUCCUAACCGCCGUCCUGGAAGUGCGGGACCUCCAACGUCACAUCAAGCGAGUUUCUCAUGUUCCACAGCUGCUACAACACCUCCAAGAUACACCGGAUUUCUACGUCGAAAUGAAGUGGGAGUUUACCAGCUGGGUUCCGUUGAUGUCUCGCGUCUGUCCCAGCGAUACCUACAAAGUGUACAAACGGGGUUCGAACGUACGAAUCGACACUACCCUUCUAGGAUUCGAUAAUAAUACCUGGCAGCGAGGCAACCGAAGCUACAUCUUCAAGGGGCAGGCGGAGUCGGCCACCAUGAUCGAAAUCGACCACGAUACCGGAGAGGUAUCGAUCGAGCACAUGCGAAACAUCGAAUCGGAAGACAUUGAUGGCAUAACGCCUUCGAAAGAUUCGGUAGCUUUACGCCUGCAGGCUCCAGUCAUUUGCAAUCACAUUGAUAUGGACAAAAUCAGCUUCGAGCGGAACAAGUCCGGUUUCUGGGGAUGGCGCAGCGAAAAGAUCGAGAACAUCAACGGGUAUGAGUGCAAGGUGUACGGAGCGAGCAAUGUGGAGUUCAUUACGCGCACGAGAAAUGAGCACCUGAGCGAGGAACAGGCCAGGAUCAAAAGUUCUCGUACUCCGUUGCAGCACUUUUUGGGUAUGACCGAAGAAGAUUAUGACCACGCGGGAGCCAAUGCCCUCAAGGAUUCCGCGGCAUCCCCUUUACUGGGACAGGAAAACAAUAGCAGCACCACUAACAGCCCUGUGAAUGAAGUGGCGGGUGCAGCAUCGUCAUCAAAUCCAGCACCGGAUGGCGCGGCACCUAGCGUGGAAGAGUACUUCUCCGCGGAGGUAGAUUUGCAAGGACGAGACGUGGGCAAACCGAAGAGAAUUUCCGCCAAGGUGCAACGCUUUAAGGCGAACAUGUGGCUGAGCGAACAAUUUCCUAUCAAGCUACAGGAACAGGUGCUGCCUAUAUUGGACCUCAUGUCGACGAUGGCCAGUCCGCAUGUGUCCAAGCUGAAAGACUUUGUGACGAUGCAACUUCCUGCUGGCUUCCCCGUUAAAAUCGAGAUUCCCCUCUUUCACGUCCUGAACGCGGUAGUAACGUUCGGCAAUGUAUUCGCGAGAAACCCGGUGCCGAACGUGAGUAGCUUACAGGAGAGUGACGAUCGAACCAGCUGCAUCAUCGAGGAUUGCUGCUUUGACGUACCGGCCGAGUAUGUGCGCCGCGGUAACGACUUCCGGCGCCAGAUGACCUUCGAGGACGAGGACGAACUGAUGCAGUUGCGUCAGCAGAGCCUUAUCGAGCAGGGCAGCGAAAACGACGAGGUGGACAUUUGGGAAGCGCUGAAAGCGCAGCGCCUCACGCCCAGCUUCUACGAGGACGAACAACUGCAGAGAGCUUUGCAAGAAUCACUGAUCUCAGGGUUUCAAAGCGGUAGCGUAACAACGUCCUCCGAAGGGGCAACGGCGGUCGCAGUAGGAACCCAGGAUCCACCGAGGGUAGCCAGCAGUGCCAACACCACCAACGACGACGGUACGGACGAACUCGACAGCAUACCGGACUAUUUGGAUCCCAAUCUGGAGCUGGCAAUCAAGCUAAGCCAGGAAGAGGAGAGACGCCGCGAAGAGGAACGCAAACGCGAGGAAGAGAUGCUCGCCGAGGUGCUCCGGUUGAGCUUAGAGGAUAAAUAGGACUCCGUCCAUGAACACGAUUCCAAAAUUAGAUUAGGUUACGGACGUAGAGCGAGCAGGGUGCAAAACCAUGAGCAGCCCGUCACGAGUAUGCGAUAUUCGUGAGUAUAGUGUACUAACAGAAAUUUAAAAAAGAGGAACAUCGUAAUGUUUAUAUUUAUUAUCACUAGCCAUUUUUCUGUAACGUAUACAAAAGUGAAAAAGAAAGAACAUUUUAUAAGCCAAUGUAAAGUGACUCAGUCACUGAUAAGCUUAAUACGAAGCAGAGAAAGAUAACUUGACAAGCUAUUGAUUGCGGUAAUAAUGCAUACGUUACUAAAGACAACUUGUAGUAAGAUAACGAUUUCUCUCAGUGCAUAUUAUUUAUUUUAUAUCCAACGUUUUUGUUCAUUAAUAAAUUAUUUAAGACACGCGAACAAGAUAAACUGGAAAAUUUUUGUAUACACUUUGAAAGGAUAUGAAACAGCUUUGUUUUCGAAAUUCUAUGUAUAUUUAUUAGAUUUGUGUAUUCUAUUAUAAUGAACUACGGAAUUUUAACGAAAUAUAUAUCUUAUUUGUAUUUCUAUCAAAAAUAA